AUGCUUUGGGAAAACCCCGGCCCCCAACAACCAGCCCAGAUUACCUGGGAUCUGACAGAGCCCUUGAGAGUUCGGUGGUCUCACGUCUCUGGCGAAGAGAACAAAUGCUUUUCCAUCUACCUCACCAACCGAGUUGACUUCCCUCCCGUGACGGAACUGGUUCUUCGCUAUGUGAGGAUGGGCCAGGAUGAGGUCGUCAUCCCUCCCCCGGGACCGAUUCCGAGACCCCUCAACUGCAACUAUCGUCUUUGGGCCACCGCUGUGGGACAACCCGAGACCAUUUUUGCCGAAACCCCGAAUCUUUGCGUCAAGGAUUGA